AAAUCAAAGAGGGAAUUUGAGUCAUCCAAACGCUCUAACGUCGCUGAUGAGAAUUCACAGUUCGUCUAUGCAGUAGACCUUCUCCGAACCAGUCGGACAUCUAACUUGGAAUAUUCUGUCAACCUGUUUGAGGACUUAUUUAAGCGAACUGUGGAUGAUGGAAUCAAAAGAGAUUGUCUAUUUUACAUGGCUGUCGCAUAUACAAAAUUGGCGGAUUAUGAACGGGCUGUUGAAUGCUGCGAUGGCAUUCUCAAAGUGCAACCACAAAACCACCAAGCCGAUCUUUUGAAACAGGAGAUACUGCGGCGUGUGAAACGAGACGGAAUCACCGGGAUCGCAGCUGUCGGUGGGGCGAUUUUGGCAGGCGUAGCGGUGCUGGGCAUCGGGCUCGGCAUUGGACUUGCAAGGCGGAAAUGA